AUGGAUGUACCAGAGGGGAAUGGAAACCCUUUGGGCAAUGGACUCGGUCGAGCUAGGCAAACUCGACCGAUUGGUCUAGGAGAUGCUCCAAACCGCCAUCAACAGAGACAAGGGAUUGUUCCACCACCAGUGCAGAACCACAACUUUGAGAUCAAGCUGGGAAUGAUCAACCUUAUCAAUGGUGUCUCUGAAGAUGCCAUCAAGCUGAGACUCUUUCCUAUGUCUCUAGCUGACAAAGCUCACCAAUGGGAGAAGAGCUUGCCCCAUGGCACAAUCACCACUUGGGAUGAAUGCAAGAAGGCCUUUCUUGCUAAGUUUUUCUCCACCGGUCGCACAGCCAAGCUUAGAGGAGAGAUAUCCAGCUUCAUCCAGCGAAACAAUGAGACAUUCGCAGAGGCUUGGGAGAGGUUCAAAGGCUACACAAGUCAGUGCCCACACCAUGGAUUCAACAAUGAAUCACUCUCUACUCUUUAUAGAGGUUGCUUGGCAAGGUAUAGGGAGAUGCUGGACACAGCAGCAAUGGGAACUUCCUCAAUCAGGAUGUGGAUGAUGGCUGGCAGCUUGUGGAGAACAUAG